AUGGAGAACAUGAGUCCCAAGGUCUUCAAGACGCAGAUCUUUGAAGGUUUUACAACCAACACCGCGUGCUCCUAUGAUUCCCAUACAAUGGCCCACAACGGUACCUUGGCCUUGGACUGUGGAGUGGCCAGCUUCGAGAUCUUCAACCCAGACACGGCAUCCAGCGGCCCAACUUGCAAGAACGACGCCAGCCCAAUCCCUUACAACGUCUUCUCUGGCUCUGAUGGCAUCAUUUACAAGGAGUUCUGCCAGAAAUGGGACGCCAAGUCAGGUCUGCGCAUGGUUGUGGACUCCAAGGGGACUUCGAAGAUCCCCAAGCCGCAGCUGGGAAGACGCACCCCACCUGCGAGUCAAGACACCUGGCUGAAAUACAACUUCGAGCUCAACUACAAGCCUGAGACUGGUGCGCAAGCUGGCGCGCAGUGCAAAGUUACCUGCAAGGACGCCUUCACUGCCUUUGCCAACUCCAAGUGCGGCCAGAAGGGAGGUCAAGGAAACACCAUGGCCAAUUAUGCCGAGUAUGACGCGGGGUGUGGAAAGUUCAGUUACCAAAUCACCAAGCCGGUUCCAAAGACCCUUAGUGAGCCUAAGUGCUUUGGAACCGACGAGUUCGGUGACCACGAGGACAUAAAUCCGUCUUUCCAGGAGCAGUAUGUUGGACACGUAUGCACCGGCUCGGCAUUGUGGAACAUUACCAAGGGCGACUCGAGCACCUUUAUUCACUUUGACACAAUUACCAACAAAGCACCGUACCAGCUGAACGUUUAUUGGGCUGACGGAUGCUCUUUGGAGACAACGGGGGAAAACAUCCUCUUGUGGAAGCCUCUUGGGGACCUGAAUGCGGCCAACUGCGCGAGUCUUCUCCUGGACAGUUACAAAAAGUGCAACAACGAGGGAGCAGGCGGGCGAAUUCAGGCAGGUUGCCUUGUGUAUGAGUUCAAAGCGUCGACAGAGAGGCCAUCGUGGUACAUCCCAAAGUAA